AUGCCUAUUUAUGCGCACCACGCCUGCGUUCUACUAGUUUUUACUGGUAUGUUUCCAUUCCCAAAUUGCUCGUCUCUGGGAAAGAAAGUGGCAGAUGAAUCCUAAAACUGACAAGAUAGUGAGGAGGACGACGAUGGUCGCCACUGCUGUUGCUUCUUAUUUCCUCUUAACUGCCGACUAUGGCCCCGAACCCAAUGCCUUCGACCCAAUUAAAAAGGCAAUAUUAUCAGCAGAGAGUUCUGUGAAAGAUUUUAUCUUUGGAUCGAAAAAAGAACCUUGAGACAGUCAAAUGGGGAAGCUGAGCUCCAAUAGUGCAAAAAAGCAUUAGCAGGGUUUCUCAAAGAGUUUGCACACCAUCAGCAAGAUCUGGUUAUUGUAAAUAGUAGUCUUAUGAGAGCAAGUUCCUGUUAAAGACUUUGCUAGAUACUGUCUUGAGGGGAUUAUAAUAUCUGUACACUUUUUUGUCCAAUCCAGCACAUAAGAUGGUUUUUUGUUGUUUUACUUUGACAUAAUUAGGGGGAGAGAUUUCCAACGUUCUUCUGUUCAUUGAACACCGUAGAAUUUGCUUCAUGGUUUAAAAAGUAGUUGUUAUCUUCA